UUCAAACCAGGAGGAACUACUAGCUAUUCUUCUUAAUAUUACUUAGCCUUGGCAAGUUUAGACAUACCCUCUCAACUAAUGUUACAGUCCUAGCUGAAAUGGCUACUCUUUUUGGAGCAGAUUUUGAUGAUUCUUACCAAGGAUGGGAAGCUAAACAGAAUGACAAAGGAGUUAUCUACUUUGUAAACAACUCACAAGAGAUGACAAGUUGGGUGCACCCAUACCUUAAAAAAAUCUUGGAAGAGCUAGAUACAAAUUACAGCCCAGUAAAAUAUGCUGCUUAUAGAACUGCCAUGAAAAUGAGAGAUUUACAAUGCAAAACUGGAAUUCAGUGGAUCAGUAUCACUGCAAUGAAAAAGGUGUUUGCAGACCACGCCCACCACGCUAUCAAUGAUGACCAAGAAGCUAGCAUGUCCUGCUCCCAAACUCUUGGUAUCCUAGAAAGUAUUUUAAAACAAUCAUAUCUAAGUCAUCAACAUGAAGCUGAGAUUCCUAGAGCUGCAGAUGUUAUUCUUAACCUCAUGAUGAAUCUUUAUGAUGUAAAUCGCACUGGGAAGUUGUGUUGUAGAUCAGUUAAAAAUGCUUUGAUGGCACUCUGCAAAAUUAAACUUAAUUUGAAGUAUAAAAGUUUUUUCAUGUAUCUUAGAGAUGAGCAGCAGAAAAUUAAGCGAGAAAAUUUAACAAAUUUUAUUGAAGAUCUAAUGCAGAUAACUGAUCUUGUGAAUGAAAGUUCUGCUUUUGGAACAAGUAUUCUAGCUGCUGUUGAUAGUUGCUUUAAGUUUGUCAGCGUGACGGAGAGUAAUGCCAUCAGUAGAGAAGAUUUUUAUUCCUGGUUGUUGCAUGAGCCACAGACUUUUGUUUGGUUGCCAACACUACAUCGAAUUCAAGCUACAGAAACAGUUCAGCACAGUGUGCGAUGUUGUGUAUGUGAGAAUAUGCCAAUCAUUGGUUUCAGAUACAGAUGUCUACAGUGUUUUAAAUAUGAUAUGUGUCAAACUUGUUUUCUGCAUGGCUUAACCUCACAUGCACACAAACUGAAACACCCAAUGAAGGAGUACUGUUUUCCUGUUUCCCUCAUAGACAACACAAAAGCCUUGUUUCACAUCAUAAUGAACAGACUGAGCAGAAGACAUCGUUAUCAACAAAAAGUCAACUACCUUCCUGUGGAUGAUUCAACUAAUGCCGAAGACAACUUUGACUGGCAACCAAAAUACUUCCAUAAUGACCCUGAGGCCUGUAAUUCUCCGUCCACUGACUCAGGCCUGGCUGUGGACACCAGUGGCCCAGACUCACAGUCAGAUAGAUAUUUUGUGGAAGAUGAAACUAAGCCAGACUUACACAGCCCAUCAUCAGACCCACAUCAAACUUCAAGCAGCUCAGCCAAUACAUUUUUAUCAAAAGAAAGUAUAGAAGCUCAACAAAAAGAAAUGGCACAGAGAAUUGAACAGUUACAGAAUGAGAAUAGAACAUUAAAGAUGAAGCUAAAUACAUUACUGAAAUAUUAUGAUAAUCUAAAUUUAUCAGAAGCCGAAGAUGAUAUGGAGAUUCCUCGUUCUUCACCAUUUAGUCCUAUACUCAGUAUCAAAGAGUUUCCUGAUGAAAUAGGGGAUAGCUCAGAGAAUGCUCUAUACCAUAUUAAUACGCUGUCUAUUGUUGGAACUUCUACUCCAAUAGGUCAUCCAACAAUUGAGUUUGGCACAAGCACGCUAGAUAAUCAAAACUCUUCUGCUCUAGAAGGAGACACAGUCAGUGAAAAUGUUGUGCAGAUACAGCUGCCAGAGGAUAUGUCAUAUGAAAAUUCUACUUGCCUUGCUACACUUUGUGAUGUACAGGUAACUGAAAGAACUCUAGAGACAGACAAAAUGGAAGAGCCAACUGAAAGUGGACAAAGUACUGAAUCCAAUUGUUUAUUACCUCCCCCACAAGAUGGCAACAUGUCUUUGGUGAUUCAGGAACCAAUAGUAAACACUGACAAAAUAACCAGUAGUAAACAUGGAGAGAACAUUCUAUCUUCACAGAUCAAAUUAAGGGAAGGUACUACAAAUGAAAGGGAAAAUACUUAUGACAGUGACUGUGCUACUAAGUCAGGUCAGUUAUUAUAUCAAACCUGUGACAUGUCACUCACUUUGGAGUCAACUGAAAAGUCAACAGAUGGCACAGAAUGUGUGACGGUUGAAGGAGAUGUGUCUACAGAUGAUGUAACUAAAUCAAGUCAGGAAAGGGCUGGCUGUAUAUCUACAAGUAAUGCUACACCCAAUUUGACACUGGGGACUAGAGCGUGUAAUCCAUGUCUUAUCUUUAGCUCAUCCUCACUGAGAACCCAAGUAAAGACACCUGAAACCUUUCACCAAAAGCAGGUGAAGCAAAGAAAACGUGGAGACACAUCUGAAUCCUAUCUAAAGCCAUUUGAUGAGAACACUCACAUUGAACUCAGUGAAAUAUUUGCAAACAAUGUAACCAUGUCCCCGUCGUUCACUCAUCAUCAUGCAAUGAACUCAAAUGAACCUUCACCAAACAAGAGAGUUCACAAGAGAAACAAACUAGAACCUGUUCACAUGUCCACACCUGUUCAUAUCUCUCAGUCAGCUUUACCCAGCUCUUGUGGUACUCACAAUUCACAUUUAGAAUCAAAUAAGGAAAAUCAGCCUGUGGUCUUGUCUCAUGGAAAACUGUUCAGAACAGCUGAAGAAAAAACAGCUAAAAUGACACCACUAUCUUCCAUACCUGCUUGGCAGAGGAAAAGACUUCUAAUGAGUAGUAAGUUGAGAGCAAACAACACUGUUGGUAAUGAAACUUGUGACACCACUGGUACAUUAUCAUCCUUGUUUCAAAAAGCUGAGGUCAUUGGGAAGAUGAUGAAUGGCACAAGCACUGAACCAGAGGGAAAAGAUGAGUUGCAGGACUUGAUUAGGAAGUUAGAACAAGAGUGUAAAAGUGACACUGACUCUCUUAGCUAUGGUGAUUUAAAGAUAACUGAACCAGUGAAUAAGUGUCAAGAUGAUUGUAGUAUGCUUAAGGCAGUUCAUACCAUAGGAGAUGCCAUGACUGAUCUUGUCCAAGCGUCUACGCAUUACCAGAGUUAGUCAGUGACAUGGACUUGUGUCAUUAUGAGGAUUACACACCUAACCUGAAUUGUUUGAAUAUUUGUAUAACUAAAUUUGUUUACAAUUAGGCAGCUUCAAAUGUCAAAUAUUUAUAGUUUAUACUGGGUUUAACACGAUAGUUUAAACUUUUAGAUUUGAUCUGAAUGAAUACUUACCAUUUGUACAUAAAUAUACAUUUUUAAAAUUUGAAUGGUAUUACAAUCGUAAAUUGAAUUUUGAAGCUUGUUGAAAAGUUUCCACUACCAAAUCUUAAAAACCCAUUUUCAUGUAAGUUCUUCUGUUAGAAAGUAGUAUUUCUGCAUUAUUUAUUUUCCGUGUAAAAGCUUCAUUGAAUAUCAUUAUCAUUCACAAAAUCCGUCCAUAAUUUAAAAAAAAAAGGUUUGGACUUAUUUGUUGUAAGAAAAUAGAAAAAUGCUGAAAACUAGUUGAGACUUGGCACACAUUCUGUGUCCAGCGUGCAUAUCACCAGCACCAAUUAAAACCCCUACAUACAUAUUUGUAGAUGUCUGGUAAUAUAACAGUUGCUUGUAUACAAGUUUUUGAGAAAGUACAUUUACUUUUUAUAAAUCAUGUGCGAAGUAAACAUUGCGAUUAGAAAAAUGUCCUGUGUAUAGUGCUUUUCAUAUACAAUUUUUUUAAGUGAUCCAUUUGAUUAUAAUUAUACUUUUCCAUUUUCAUUGUUAAAAUGCUUUAUUUGUAAUAUUUCUACUUGUUGCAAUUUAUGCAAACAUUUUGUGAGUUGUCUCUUUAGAAACUUCAGCUAUACUCACACAUUCCACAGCAGGCUCUCAGGUUAAUUAAUGUGACAUGAAAUUGUACAAUUCAAGUUCCCUCAAGUAAUUUUCUUUUAGUAAUAAUUGUCUGCCUGAAUUGUAUACACUUUAAUAAAAAACUUGAAA